AUGGAACCAGAAGAAUCAAAGACGCCGAGUGAAUCUUUGCAAACCGUUCCCAUUUAUCAAUUAGACGCGUCGUCCUCUGAUAGUGAAUCUGAUGAGCCAAGUCGUAGUUCAGCUCCAGUAGGAGCAACAUUACAACCGCCAUCCGGUGUACCAACACAAUCAAUAUUGUCUCAUAGAUCACCAGUAGUACCUCCACAACGUUCAUACACGACUCCAAUCCCUCGUCACGAACGACAGACUUCGGAGAUAUCAAUGGUUGCGGAAUCGGUACAAACUAGACCUAGUAUGGAUGAUGAUUAUUUAUUUGAUGAAGAAAGUACUAGUGAAGAAGAACAAUCUCCAAGACAAGCUAGAUUAACUGUUCCAACGGGUCCUCCUAAUGUUCCAGUAUUAAUCGAAAGUCCUACUCCGCAAUAUGAAACUCGGAGUUCAACAGAUGUUCCCGAAAUGCCUACAAUAGUUGAAUCUCGUGGUUUAAUACCAUUGUCAUUAUUAAGUGAACCAAUAAGGCCAAGUCGACAUGAUCCAUCUCAUGAGAAUAAUGAGAAAAGUACUCAUCGACAAAGUUUGGAACAACCACAAAAAGGAUAUGAACAUACACGUGGAAUAUCAAAAGAGGGAGGCCCACCUCCAGAACGUAGAUCAAGAGAAGAAAACAUAUAUCAUCAUCACCGUGAGUCAUCAGAUCUUUUACCAUUGACUCUUGUUGAUCGAGGUGGGGGUGGAUUAACGUUCUCAAAUAAUUAUGCAUACCUUUCCCCUCCAUUUGGUCGUGUCCUAACUCGUAAGCAAAUUAUGGCCCGAAUCUCAUGGUUUUCUCAAUUGGCAAUAUUUAAUAUUGUAUAUGCAUUUUACAAGUUGAGCGAAGAUAAAACUACAACUAAUCUUAUUGGAUUAGUGAUUUUACCAGCAAUAUUCUUUAUUCUUUAUAUUAUAUUUGUUACAGGAUUGACAUAUAUAGAUCUCAAAAAAAAAGGAUAUGACUCGGCAUUUACUAUUAUAUAUUAUUCUCCUCUAAUGUUGUUUUCAUUGUUUUUUGAUGAAAAAAAACGUGUCGACGCAUCAAAAUUUCAUGAAGUUAAUUAUGGUGCAAAAUGGUGGCGAAUAGGAACAAGCAACUUUAGAGAAGGUGUCAUAAUGACCCUUUAUUGUUCAUCUAUAAUUGCAUUCGUCAUAUCAGAUCUUGUUAGUAGAGCAGUAAACCAAUCUAAUGCACAAGUUUCAGAAGUAUUUAAUGAUUUUGUACCUUUCUUCUUUAUGCUGGUUGUAUUCGCUUUUGGAUUCAUAACAUCUAUUUGGGCGGUAGUGGAAGCUAUCGUUGCAGGUACUAUGCAUGGUAGUGGAGAAGGGCGAAAGAAGUUGGUUGGUGUACUACCAAAUGCUUUCAUAAUUAGGAGGUGA